ACCUCUUUUUACCCAAAAAAAACAUUUCAAACCUCUAGAAUAUUUUUGUUGCACCAUUCAAGUUUUGGUAAAAGUAUAUUGUGGGAUUCAACGAGUAUCAGUAAAUAAAAAGAAAAUGUUCUAGAGGAGGAAAAUAACUCACCAGAACAAGAGAUACAUUGAACCUAGACAUAUACGCAUCCCAAGGAGCCCAGUCACCGUAAUGCCUAUAAAAUAGGAGAGCAUUCAAGAACCAAGAAACAAGAACACAAAGCCAACGCCAAACAAAAAAAAAAACAGUUAAAGAAACUUUGAAAAGAAAAUGGGUAAAGGAGGAAACCUUGUGACGGCUUCGGAGGUGGAGGAGCUACGAAGGAAGAACGGGGAGAUGGAAAAAGUGGUGGAGCAAAUGAAGAAAGAGAUGUUGCAGUUGUGGCGGCGGACGCAAGUGGCGGAGGAAGCUGAGGAGCGUCUCUGCUCUCAGCUCGCCGAGCUUGAAGCCGAAUCGUUGGACGAGGCUCGUGAUUACCAUUCUCGCAUCAUUUUCCUCGUGAACGAACUCUCUCGUGUCUCUUCCUCCUCUUCUUCCUCCUCCUCCGACUUGGCCUCGCCCUAGAUAUAUAUGAUAUGUGUGUAAGGAUAGAUCCUUAGAUUAUUGGAUGUAUCUGAAUUCACAAUAUUGGCUCAUAUCAAUGCCAAUCUGUAUAGUUUUUUUUUGUUUUCUGUUUUUUCCUAACAUGUUCGAGAAAGGCUAUGAAAGUGUUCGAGAAUUAAUGCAAAAGAUAUUUCGAUUUGUA